GCAUCACUGCUGCGGAGGUUUCAGAGUACAUUAGUCAUAGCGGAACACAACAAUGAGACUCUUACACCCAUUACACUAAAUACUAUCACUGCGGCAAAACGUCUUGGAGGUGAAGUUUCUUGUCUAGUAGCUGGUACCAGCUGUGACAAGGUAGCACAAGAACUCAGCAAAGUGCAGGGUGUUGCAAAAGUACUAGUGGCUCAACACGAUGUAUACAAGGGAUUUCUGGCAGAGGAGCUGACUCCCUUGAUUUUGGAAACUCAUAAAAAAUUUAAUUACACCCACAUUUGUGCUGGAGCAUCUGCCUUUGGGAAG